AGAGGAACUUGUGAAAGUGACACAGCUGUACCGUAAAAACGCCAGCCUUCAGACUUUGCUGCCAGAAGAACUCAGCUGCCAGUGUUGAUAGACCUGAGAGCAGGAUUGCCUGAGACAUGGAGCGAGAACCCAUGCGCAUAAGGGAGGGCUACUUAGUUAAGAAGGGCAGCAUGUUUAAUACCUGGAAGGCAAUGUGGGUCGUGCUCUUAGAAGAUGGAAUUGAAUUCUACAAACGGAAGGCUGACAACAGCCCCAAAGGAAUGAUCCCACUAAAAGGAAGCUCUAUUAACAGCCCAUGCCAAGAUUUUGGCAAAAGAAUGUUUGUCUUCAAGCUCACUGUGGCCAAGCAGCAGGACCACUUUUUUCAAGCUGCCUACCUGGAAGAGAGAGAUGCCUGGGUACGGGACAUCAAGAAAGCAAUUCGUUGCCUAGAUGGAGGCCAAAGGUUUGCCAGAAAAUCCACAAGAAAGUCUAUCAGACUUCCUGAAACAAUCAACCUGAGUGCUUUGUACCUCUCAAUGAAAGAUCCUGAAAAGGGAAUAAAGGAGUUGAAGCUGGAAAAAGAUAAAAAAGUGUUCAAUUAUUGCUUUACAGGCACCUCUGUGAUUGACUGGCUGGUGUCCAGCAACUCCAUCCGAAAUCGCAAGGAAGGUCUCAUGCUUGCCUCUUCCCUCUUGAGUGAAGGCUACCUACAGCCUGCAGGGGAUACAUCCAAGGCUGCUGCCGAGGGCCUGUCUGACACGCCCUUCUUGGAUCUGGUUGAUGCCUACUACUACUUUCCAGACAGUGGGUUUUUCUGCGAGGGAAAUUCUAGUGAUGAUGAUGUUGUCCUGAAAGAAGAAUUCAGAGGCAUGGUAGUCAAGCAAGGAUGUUUGCUGAAACAGGGACAUCGGAGGAAGAACUGGAAAGUGAGAAAGUUUGUUUUAAGAGACGACCCAGCAUAUCUUCACUACUACGAUCCUGCUGGGGGAGAAGAACCACUAGGAGCAAUUCACUUGAGAGGCUGUGUGGUGACAGCAGUAGAAGACAUGCCAGAUUCCAAGAAGUAUGAUGUUGACAACAUCCUCUUUGAAAUCAUCACAGCAAAUGAUAUCCACUAUUAUUUGCAAGCAGCCUCAUCCGCAGAGCGUACAGAGUGGAUCAAAGCAAUUCAGACAGUUUCUAGGACUGGAAAAUGAAGAUGAUCUACCAGUGAGAAGACAGACAACUGAAAUUAGUUGCUCAAAACAAAACAGAAGAAAGCAGUAUCAUCCAGAAUGGCAUCCUAAGGCUUGUGGGUUAGGGGUGAGGGUGGGUAGUCGGUUUCAAUUCCAUAGUGGGCACUAACAAACUAAUGUUUUUCCACUUAUAUUAUGAUAAUAUUUUACUAAAUUGUAGCAUAGAACAUGCCAUAUUAGUGUGUGCUGCUUAGAGUAAUUAGUUCCCCUUUGGAAGGUUGUACCUUAUACAUUUCCCCGCUGCCACAGCUGAUAGUGAGAAUUUCACCACCAUCAAGGGACAGAGUCAUGUCGCUGACUGUAAGUGAGGAACUCAAGGGUUCACCUGCCAUUCAGCCUGUGUUGUGUUUCAGUGUCUUCAGAUAUUUCAAAGACUUCCCAAGACAAGCUUUAUACUUUCUUCUUUAUCGUGUCUUUUUACUGCUUGUUCACCUAUACGAGUAAUGUCUUGGAUUUAAGGAAAGAAAUCAACUUAUUUUGAAACCUGAUCCACUCCUUUAUAAUCCUUCGGUGUCCAGGAAGGGAAGGAUGUAGACAGCUAUGGAAACACCAUUCAGAAAGCAAGUACAACUCAAUGACAGGGGUAUGAAGAAAAGUCCCUUUCUACAGUAUUUUAAAGACAAAGCAAUCUUGGUUCAACUUCUUUAUCAUAUGAUUUUCACCUUCACUAAAUUUCUCCACAAGAAUCUGUUUUAGGACCAUUGUUUCCCUCCAUUUAGGUCUCCAAUGCAGUUGCUAGAGUGUCAUAUACUGCUGAUUUGACCUGUCUUUGAAUUAAGAAUCUUGCAGAAAAAAAGAAAGGAUCCAUGACUUGGCUACUUUGAAAUACUGGUUGGAGUGGUUUGGUUUAGAUUUUUCUUUUUCAUUUUGUAACCUCCAGCAACACACUCAAUUCUUGGUUCUGUACCUUAGUAAUAUAAGAGAAACCUUGUGCUUGUUGUAAUUGAAAUAAACAUUAUUAUUUGAUAGGGUCAGUUUACCUGAUCAAUCCUUACGGUUUUGUCUGACUGUAUCUAUCAAACUUCUAAGUCUUAAACUUGAAGCACGAGUUGAAAGUUGGGUUAAUGUCAGAUUCUGUACAUAGACUGUUCCUGAUGUUUCAUCAGACUGAUGUUUCUGAGUGCAACUGAACUUCAAAACUUUUAAAACUCUGUUUGUAGUUGUAAUGAGGUAAUUUAUCCUCAAGAAUUCUUAUUCAGAUCUCUUCAGGCUGAAAAAGCUUCUCUUCAAUUCUGCUUAAUUAUACCUGUAUCUGAGCUAAUGAGUCUGAAUGUCUUUUGCCUUGGUAUUGCUUAUCACAAAGAAAACAGAGCCUUGCAGGGGCAGCAGGCUGCCAGACAUUACAUUGUUGUGUCCAUUUAAGACAUCCAGAGGAUAUCGUCUUCUGGCAGGCAUUUCCUGUAUCUCAUGCAAGCUGACAGGAUCACUGAAGCCUAGUCUGUCAUUUUGAGGAAGGAAGGCUCACGGCAAAAAGAUACCCCGUUUGCUCACCCUGCUUUCUUGAUAAUUGCUUUGUGGUUGCUGCUUAUUUUUACUUUCAGAGCUCACUAACCCAAAAAUAUCCUAUGGCACAAGAAAACAGAAAAGAAAACCCACAUAAAACUAAGCAACUGAAACUUGCCCAGCUUAGCAAAGGAGGGAUACAACUGCUACUUUUUAAUAAAACUAAGACGUUUUAAUAGUAUUUGGCUUUAUUCUUUUCCUGUACCCAGUCAAGGGUACAGAUGCCCACCUAUAAACAGUAUUUUCUCUGGUAGGUGGUGAGGUCAGUGUAUUUGAGAAUCAGCUUGUAUGUUUGUACCAGACUAUAUCAACAGGGUCUUUAACCUCAUAGGCAUUUCUUUUGAAGGUGGAUCACAUGGUUAUGUAGCUGUCUGCUUCUUGGUGGAAAUGGGAAGAUUGGAAGUGUGUGUCUUAUGCCACCCUACCUACAUUCCUGCUGUAAAUGCUUUCAUUUUCCUGAGGCUGGUAGUGUGAGUGACUCUAAAUUGUUCUAUGUUUUAGGCAGAUCCUCCUGCAUGUUUAUAUCAAUUAUUAGCUCUGUAUUCUAGGGGGAGUGUGCUCUAGUCCAUUUUCAGACAAGACAAUAUAUUUCACAGAUUUUUCUCUUUGAUAAGUUCUUCACAAGGGAUCAACUGGUGACUAGGGUUAAUAUGGGGCUAGUUUUCAAAGACAUUUGGCUUCCUAACUCAUGGCAGUGCUUUUGAAAAUCAAAGUAGGUACCUGAAUGCGACCAGCAGUCUGACCUUAGGAAUUGUGCAUGAGAUUAUGAAAAUUAUAACAAGCCUUGAACUGAGUCAGGGAAGUCACUAAGGAGAGAGGUCCUGAAGUGGAGACAAGGUGGUGAGGACUAUUGUCUUUAUAUGAGGAAAAAAAAAAAAGGUUAAUUUUACAUUGCUCAGUUUCUAGAGACACUAAACAGGUCUUGUCUAAGGGAAUUCAGCAUCAAAUAGCAGCUACAAGUCCAUCAAAUUAUGAGGCCAGCCUAGUUAUGUAGAGGGUAUGGAAGGGAACGGGCAUGUAUCCUGAAUGCCAGCACAAAGGGAGUGCAGGCCUAGUACAAGAAACUACUAAUUGAAAGAGGAAAAAUAGAAGAGCAAUGCUCUUUUUUCACGUGCUAUGCUUCCUCCGUUUUCACCCUCUAUUUAAAUCACAGUGCUAUGCACUCAGCAGUUACUACAUCAGCACUAGUUCCUUUUUUACUUAUAACAGGAAUUAGUCUUUUUUCAUAGACUAAAGGACAGCAAAAUGAACCAUUGUGGACAAAGACUAUAUUUAUAAUCUUUGAUUACUGUAAGGCUUGUAUGGUACCAUCUCCUAUAAAGCCAUGUUGUAAGUCAAACAUCUUACACUGCGCAGUUUUCCCUCCCUUUGGACACUGACUGUGUGCUUCCUACAGUCAGGUUUACAGUAACGUUUAUUAACCCUGCACCCAUAAAAAUACUCAUGUAGACACUCUGCUCCUUCUUCCAUGGUUUAAAAGAAAACAGGACAAAGCAAACCACACAGACACACACUGAAAAAAAUAACACCCGAAAGGAUUGCAAUAGCCCAACAAACUUUCACAGAGGUGUAAGGUCUUAUAAGCCAAUGGAUGCUGCAUGUGGAGGUAGUUCUGCCCUAACGUGUUUUUAGCAGUGGUUUCUGGGGGCUGGUUACUUUCUCUAUGCUGUAAUUUCCUUCUGAAGGGUAAGUUUAGUAUUAUUUUGUUGCUUUUUUUUGCAGUGUGCUGUCUUUGCUUUUUAUUUGAAAGAACUAGUUAACUGGAAGUGUUAAAGGUCUGCUGAAAAUGUGAGUUUAGAAAUACAACAUUUUAUUGAGGCAUCUUUAAUCAUAGUUAAUUCAUAAAGAAGAAAGAUCUAGUUAAGGCUUCUGAGGUGUGAUCUAGUAUGUAUCGUCAAAUUACUCUUUCAGACAAAGUUUUUAUUUGUAUUUGUGAGUGCAAUAUUGUAGAUAACUCUUUGGUGCAGUAAUACUGUUUCUGUCUUGUCUUAGAUUUCACUUUAUUACAAAUGUUAAACACAAUUUAUUUCCUUUUUUUUUCCUCCCUAAUUUGUUCUCAAAUGAAGUAGAUGUUAUUUUUGGUUUAAACAACUUGUUUCACAGGGCCCUGGAUAAGCU